GACUUAGUUGUCAGUUCUCUUGCAGGAGCGAGAGCGACAGCAACAAGCCCUUGGUAUUUGGUGAACCUUGUGUUUCGAUACUUACCCCGGCAACCACCCGCCUCUCUCACCGUCUUCACUCACAAGUGCCAACCUCCUACACUUCACACCAUGAGGGAAUACUAUUCCAUGAUGUCUCGUCUGAACGGCGUGAACGGCUACAACGGGUGCGGGGAGGUGAAUGGUGCAGGUAGCGGCUCUGGCUGCUGGACCAUCGGCCUCAUCAACGCUAAGGCCAAGUACCUCACCGCCGAGACCUUUGGCUUCAAGAUCAACGCUAAUGGAGUGUCCCUCAAGAAGAAGCAGAUGUGGACCUUGGAGCCUGCUGAGAAGGACCUCAUUGCCUUCAAGUCUCACCUCGACAAAUACAUCUCAGUUGACCAGUAUGGUAAUGUGACGUGUGAGCACGAGGAGCGUGACAUGUCGUGCAUGUUCGAGGUCGCUGUGACCGAGGAUGAGCACGGGCGGUGGGCGCUACGUAACGUGUCCCGCGGCUACUACCUGGGUGCUGGGGGCGAUAAGCUCAUCUGUAGUGCCAAAGUGCCUACUGAUGCAGAGCUCUGGACCAUCCACCUCGCUGCUAGGCCACAGGUAAACUUGCGGUCGUUGGGCCGCAAGCGGUACGCUCACCUGAACGAGGAAGGGACCGAGAUUGAGGUUGACGCUAACGUGCCGUGGGGCGAGGACACACUCUUCACUCUCGAGUUCCGUGACCAUAAGUACGCCAUCCACACCACUAACAACAAGUAUCUGUCUAUGGACGGCAAGCUGGUUCCUCAGUGUACCCGUGAGGGCCUCUUCUGUCUCGAGUACCACCACGGCUCCCUCGCCCUUAGAGACCACCAGGGUCAGUACCUGAGCCCCAUCGGGUCGCGUGCUGUACUAAAGACCCGUUCCAACACAGUCACCAAAGACGAGCUGUUUGCCCUCGAAGACUCUCUUCCCCAGGCCUCCUUCGGUGCCCUCCUCAAUGCCAGAUACGUCUCCGUCAAGCAAGGUGUGGAUGUAACUGCCAACCAAGAGGAGAUCUCAGACCAUGAGAAGUUCCAGCUGGAGUAUGAUGGAGCCACAAAACGGUGGUAUGUCCGAACUAUGCAGGACAAGUACUGGACACUUGAAGCUGGUGGCGGUAUUCAGGCAAAUGCUUCUAAACCAACAUCCAAUGCACUCUUCAACUUCCAGUGGCAACCAGAUGGGUCAGUUGCUUUUCAGGCUAACAAUGGCAAGUAUAUUGCUACCAAGAAAUCUGGUCACCUUUUUGCUAAUGCGGAUUCACCAGAUGAAGAAAGUGCUCGUUUUUACUUCUAUUUGAUAAACAGGCCAGUGCUGGUGCUUAAGUGUGAACAGGGUUUUGUUGGCUACAAAACUUCUAGCAGUCUUAAGAUGGAAUGUAACAAGGCAAACUAUGAAACCAUCAAAGUUGAAAGGGGCAACCAGGGUCAAGUCUUCUUUAGAGGUCAGCAAGGUGGUUACUGGCAUGCAUGUGGUGAUGGCAUCAUGGCUGAUUCAGAAGUACCUGAAGGCUUUUUCAUUGAACUUCGCGAGGCCACCCGAAUGUGCUUGAAGAAUUCUUCAGGACAGUAUAUUGUCACAGAGAAGAAUGGAGGCUUUAAACUUGGUGACACAGAUCCUUCACGUGCCACAUUGUGGGAAUUUUAAAGUGUGACUUCUGUAUCUUAAAAAGUAGGGAAGUUGGGGUAAAAAUCCCAUCUUUGUCUUACUGUGCUUUGAUAGUGUAAAUUGUAAACCAGUAAUAAGCAGCAAAUUGAAUUAUAAGAGUAAGGUUGUAGGAUAAAGAUGAAAUAAGAGUCAGAUUGGAUAUAUCCCAUCCAAGUACAUUAUGUAAAGUCCUGAAUGUUAACGCUCACUAGUUAGUAACGAGGAUUUUUUAAAUUAAUUGUGAUGUGUGUAUGAGUGUUGCUCUUUGGCCUACCCAGUUAGCGAGUUCAUGGUAUAAAGAGAAAUACAAAUUAAUUUUCCGUGAAAACUUUUAUAUUCUGUAUACUGUGCUAGGUUUAUGAUCAAUUAAUGUUGGGUAUAAGUAUUCAAUAAAGACAGUCAGAUGGUAGAUCAUAUUUAGUGUUGUCAUAAUCUGAGUGUUUAAUAAUAUGCACUACUAUUAUACUGUACUGGGAAAUCUUCAAAGCAAGAUUACGGCUUAAAUUUAUAUCAAAGGUAAAAGCCUUUUAUACUGCCUUUGUCACAGUGAUUUGAUUGCAGAUGUAUGUUGAGAAACUGUAGUUUGCAGAUGACUGCACACAACCAAAGUUUUUUCUUCUGUCUCCGUCUUUGUACAAUUAAUUCAGCUGAUAAAAUGAUGUUAUAUGUAGAUAUCAUCAUUAAUAUUGCUUCCACAUUGUCUUUAGGCUAAGUCAAAUAACUUAUACUUAAUUGUACUUUUUUACCAUUUCUACUAGUGAUUGUCAUCCCUCUUGAGUUCAGAAAAAAUGUGAGUAAGAUAAAUUACAGGAACAUAGGUGGGUGACAUGAAUAUUAGCGCAAAUUUUAUUAUUUUAUAAAUAAUUUUGUGAUAGUUUCACUUCAGCAUUAUGCACAAGUUAGCCCAGUUAGCAACUUGGAAAAGUCGCUUGCUUGGUCAUUGGCUGCUGGUGGCCUAUUUCUCAUAUCAGAAGUAGACAGUAGUGGUGGAUCAUGGAUUGGUUUGCAUCCUAUUUAUAAACCAUAUAUUGCACAGUAAGGGCUGUGACACCAGUCAUGUAUGUAUUCCUUGUUUGCAUUGUAUCUUACACCUGUAUCUUGUGCUGGUAACACAUGAUAAAUUUUGUCCAAGUUUUCACAUAGAUUGGCCCACAGAUACAUUAUCACCUGCUACUUUCUAACCUUCUGCAACUGUUACAAUCAUAAAUAUUGAUGUUAUAUUUGCUGAAGAAUCUCAAGAGUAAUUGUUCAUUGAUGCAUGAGCACUUUUAAACUGAACUAGUAAAGUUAACUUUAAUGCUCUCAAAUUGUACUGCAUUUUUAACUUGCUGAAAGAAACAAAAUAUGAAAGACUUCAUGCCAUUGUACCUGUUACAUCUUGCAGAUUACACUCUGAAUAUUAUACCAGCAGCCUCCUCUCUCUUGGUGUUAUACCCGCAGUUUCAGGCAGCGGUAACCAGCCAAUGCAUUUAUGGAAGGAGAGCCCGGCCAAGGACAGCCUUCCUGUGGAAGCCCCAGCUGUGCCCACCUAUGCCAGCCUGUCUAUGCCCUCCUGCAUCAUUCUCAUGAAAAUGAUAAAUUCAAAUAAACAAUAAUGUAAGAACUAGUUGGAUAAGUACAAUAUCUUAAUUUAAAUUAAUAAACUAUCCUAAAAUACCUUUCAUGUUCAUUGUAUGUUGUGACUUUGGUUAAAGCUGUGAAUGAAACUCCUACUUUAAAGUCACUUCUUAUUUGAACCAAUGCCAAUGACAAUUUAUUAGGUAACUAGCUGGCAGUAGCAAUCCUCUUGUAAUAUAUAAACCAAUGAAAGGUAAACGUAGGGCAUUUUAAUUAUUGAAGUGCAUAUGUUUGCACAGCUGGUUGCUAAUGCCUCUGUUCCUUUUAAUGUUCUUGUCUGUCGUAGUGAACACGUUUUAUCUUGUUUGCUAGUCCUUUGUAUGAUGCGCUUUAGAGUUUAGGGCAAACAAUUUAUUUAUUGCAGUAUUGUAUUACAUAUCCUUAUAAACCGCUUCUUAAUAAAAUUAAGCAGAAUAUU